AUGAAUGGACAAGAGGAACCCACAAGCACAGUAAAUAAACACUCAGAUCGUGUUAGCACAGUAAAUGGACACCCAGACCCCCCUAGCUCAGUGAAUGGACACCCAGACCCCCUUAGCUCAGUGAAUGGACCCCCAGACCCCCUUAGCUCAGUGAAUGGACCCCCAGACCCCCUUAGCUCAGUGAAUGGACACCCAGACCCCCUUAGCUCAGUGAAUGGACACCCAGACCCCCUUAGCUCAGUGAAUGGACACCCAGACCCCCCUAGCUCAGUGAAUGGACACCCAGACCCCCUUAGCUCAGUGAAUGGACACCCAGACCCCCUUAGCUCAGUGAAUGGACACCCAGACCCCCUUAGCUCAGUGAAUGGACACCCAGACCCCCCUAGCUCAGUGAAUGGACACCCAGACCCCCUUAGCUCAGUGAAUGGACACCCAGACCCCCUUAGCUCAGUGAAUGGACACCCAGAUCCCAUUAGCUCAGUGAAAAGACACCCAGAUCCCUUUAGCGCAGUGAACGGACACCCAGACCCCAUUAAGAGUGAAGUCAAUCCCAGCCCCUAA